AACUGCCUGCCUCUGUCCCCAGAGAUUGGGAACGCACGGCUCGGCACAGCCCAAUAAUGCAAUACGGUGCCACUGUUUCUGCACCACAUUUCCUAUCUUAUCAGAGAGUCAAUUGAGAGCUAAGAGAGACAGUUAGUUGGCCGUACCCUUCAUUUUCAUUUCUUAUUUAUUUAUUUAUUUAUUUUAGGUGCAGGCCCGUACUUUGAAAGAAAAAAAAAAUUUGUCAAAAAUAUUAUACUAACCAAUCCCACUUCUCUGAAUUGAUUUUUUAUUUUCUUUUAUUUUUUAUUAAUGUAAUGAAACUAUAUUACGAAACAGUUGGUUGGGAUUUCUUGUUUUUCUUGCUUCCUGCGAUUUCUGCUGUCUUUAGUUAGCUGCUGCACAAGCUUUCUAGAACCCAAAUGGAAAGAAAAGAAAAGAAACACGCAGACACUCUCUCUUACAUUUUGUUAUGUGUAUAAAAGAGAACUGUUUGGAGAAUUCUUAGAAACUAGUCAAGACAAAGAAGAGAAAUAGGAGAAGGCUUGAAAGGGUUAUUUUGAUCCUUGGACUUCUGAACCCAACUCCGAGGAGAACAAUUUCCUAGCAUUUCUGAUCAUCCUUGUCUUCCAAGUUUUCCCUCUCUAAAGCUUGAUUAUAUUCUUUUGGCAUUCAGUUAACAAAAGGAAACAAGGGUGCAAGAAAAUUGGGAUUCCAAGUUCCCCUUACAUUUUGCAUUAGCAAAUCAGUCACCAAUGAAACUAUAUUGACAUUCCAGAUAAUUUUUGGAAAAUGGAAAUCAAUGAAGCAGAGAGAGUGGUUAUAGCUAAGCCAGUAGCUUCAAGGCCUACUUGCUCCAAUUUUAGGUCUUUCUCAGAGCUCCUGGCUGGUGCAAUAAAUGGUUCACCUCCUAACGUAUGUUCUGAAACAACAGUUGCUGCCAUUAGACCAAAGACAGUGAGGUUCAAGCCAAUGAUUAAUUGCGCUCCAGCUGUAUCCAUUUCUUCCCAGGCUGACCUCUCGGGAACAGCACUUUGCAAUUCAUCUGAUAAAGUUUUGAAAGCAGAUUGUAAGCCCACUGUCAUAUAUAAACCACAGGCCAAGCUUGUGUCAAAGGCAACUGUUUCUCUUUUGGCAAAUAUGGGAAACUUCAAUGAUAAUUAUCAACAGCAAAGACUAAUUUCAGUUGAAACUCCAGUUCAAAAUCCAAACCAAGAACAACACAAUUUUUCAUCACAUCUUCACCAGAAUUUUCCAUCUCAAGCACAAACUGACCAGACAACUGAACUCUCAAGGUUAUCAUCUCAGAACCAGGAGGAUGAUCUGAAAUCCUUAUCUGCUGCAGCUAAUGUGGAUCGUCCUUCUUAUGAUGGUUAUAACUGGAGAAAAUAUGGGCAAAAACAAGUUAAAGGAAGCGAGUAUCCGCGUAGUUACUACAAAUGCACCCACCCGAAUUGUCCAGUGAAAAAGAAGGUUGAAAGAUCAUUGGAUGGACGGAUUGCUGAAAUUGUCUAUAAAGGUGAACACAACCAUUCAAAGCCUCAACCUCUUAAACGCAACUCGUCAGGAACACAAGGGCCUGGACCUGUAUGUGAUGGCAAUAAUCAAGAUACAAACAAUCCAUUGUGGAAUAAUUCCGUUAAUGAAAGAAAUGAAGGUUCUGAAGGCAGAGUUGAAAAUCAGAAUGAAAUUGGAUUACCUGCCCAUUCAACUUAUCAGACUACAGCUCCUCAUACUCAUGACCCUGCUAGAAAUGGAUCAAUUAAUGCUGGUGCUGUAACUUCUGAUAACUCUUGUGGUCUUAGCGGGGAAUGUGAAGAAGGAAGCAAGGGACUGGAAGGUGGUGAAGAUGAACCUAGAAGUAAACGAAGGAAAAGUGACAAUCAAUCAAAUGAAGCAGGCAUAUCAGCAGAAGGUCGACAAGAGCCUCAUCUAGUGGUUCAAAGUUCCACCGAAACUGAGAUUGUGGGGGAUGGUUUUCGUUGGAGAAAAUAUGGGCAGAAGGUGGUGAAGGGAAAUCCCUAUCCAAGAAGUUAUUAUAGAUGUACUGGUCUAAAAUGCAAUGUCCGCAAGUAUGUGGAGAGAGUAUCAGAUGAUCCGGGAGCUUUUAUUACAACAUAUGAGGGUAAACAUAACCAUGAGAUGCCUCUCAGGGGCUCAAAUUCAGCAGCACAGGAAUCCAAUUCGCAGGCGCCUAGUGGUAGAAGCAAGCCAUGAUCUCAAGAAUUGGAGGCCGUUCCUGAUAUGAUGAUUAUUCUGGCCAAGAGUCAGAAAACAAUUCACAUGCAGUGGGAACUAAAUAAUGGAGGAAGCUGUUUUAAAGCCUGCUAUAUGACUGUUCCGCGGCGAUGCUGUAUCUUUGUCAUGUGGAAACCCAAUAGCGGGGGGCUUCUUGGUGAAGGUGGUUUUAUGUUUGGUAAUUCAGAUUAUUGGCCAUGAUAUGUUCCUUCACCCAUUCUCCAAUAUUGCUGCCUGUCUUUAGGUAGCUGUAUUACGAGUACAAUUUUAAUUAUAAUUACCCUUUUCUAAUUAUUUUGAAUUAAGCAUAAUAAGUGAUGACUUGCUUUGGAUAAUCAAUAUGUAAUAAAUAUGCAGUUUCAAUUCGUGUCAACCUUUAAAAAGUUGAUAGCAAUUUUUUGAACAAAGUCUUAAUAUCUCUUUGGUAA